UUUGGAAUUCGCUGUGUCGACCCUAUUAGUCCUACUAGUCAGGAUGCCAUAGCCGCGUGUUCGCCGUGUGAGACUCACGUAAUUUCAUGUGUCACAGGGUCGCGUGCUGUUGAGGACACGUCUUAGCACAUGGCUUAGCGCAUGGCUUAGCGCAUGGCUUAGCACAUGGCGUAGCAUAUGAGAAUCUAGCCGAUUUUUCUCGUGCGGUUCCUUAGGAAUCGUUCGCCUUGGCCUGCUGAAUUCUUGACCAGCACGCGCAACGCACGCGCAAAGCUCCGCGAAGCUCCGCAACUCACGCACAAAACACCGCCAAGUUCCCCGUUCCCCGAUCCGCGGCAGCAAUGUGGCCGGCAGCAUCGGCGGCGGCCGGGCCGCGAGGGCCGCUGGUGACAUUCGGCGAUCUGGUGGGCGAUCUCACGGCGGAGGAGACGCGCGAACGCGGCGAACGUGGCGAACGCGAUGAGGGGGCUCUGCGACGCCGACGACGUCGACGAAGGCAACAGCGAGGGGGGAGUAGUGGCACGGGGAGUAAGGAGGAAGGAGGCGAGACGGAGGGGGCGCGAGACGGUCCAUGCGACCCGUCAUCGUUGCCGUCGUCGCUCCUCUCCCCCUCCCCCUCGUCCGCCGCCCUGCCAUCCUCGUUGUCGUCGCUGGCUGCUCGUGCGUCGCACGUCACUCGCCACAUGCUGCUCUCCUCCUUCGAGGCAUCUCUAGAUGACUUCCGCUCGUCGCUGUCCGAGCCCGGCCAUGCAUGGACCCGAUUCACAGCACAGAUGUGCGCAGCUCUCUCCUCCGCGGACCAUCUCCUUCUCUCCGCCCGCUCCUCCCUCACUUCCCUCGCCGCCACUCUCCUUCGCCUGCGCCUCCUCGCCUCCCGGGCUGCAUCCGCCCUCUCCCUGCUCCGCUCAGCCCUGCACUCCUCCCACCCCUCCCUCUCCUCCCACCCAUCCGACCCGUCCGACCCCUACCACCCAUCCUACCCUCCACACUCCUCCUCGGCUCUUCUCUCUGCACCACCUCCCCACCCGCCUGCCAACGACCCUAAGCCGUGGCCCCAGCGCCCUGAUCAGGCUGCUGUUUCAGAGCCCCAUGGAACCGCAGGCCAUGACGGCACGGGCAUCAACCCCCCCACCAUCACUCCUCCCACCUUCACUCCUCCCACCAUCACUCCUCCCACCAUCACUCCUCCUCCCACCAUCACUCCUCCCACCAUCACCCCCCCCACCACCUCUCCCCAUGACACACAAGCUGUUCCUGCUGUGUCCACUCCCCUUGACUCCUCCUCCUCCUCCUCCUCCUCCUCCUCCUUCACUGCUGCUGUGCACCCUGCCCUUACUCCCAUUCCCCCCUUCUCCAUGCAGCCACCCUCCCUCUCAGAACCCUCUCCUCCUGUCCCUGCGACUGUCACUCCCAGCCUCCCCUCCUCUCCUCUCCCCUCCUCUCCACAUGCCCCCUUUCCUCCUCAUCUGCCUCCCCCUCAUGCAGACUCUUCACCCGCACCUCCUUCAUCUGCGGCUCCUCCCUUGGCCCCUCCGCCCACUCUUUUCACAGUGGCUCCUGCUUCCGCUUCUGCUCCUCUGCUCUCUGCUCCUCCCAUUUCUGCCCCUCCCCUCUCUGCCCCUCCCCUUUCUGCUCCUCCCCUCUCCGCUCCUCCCCUCUCCACUUCCCCUCUCUCUGCCCCUCCCCUCUCCGCUCCACCCCUCUCUGCUCCUCCCCUCUCUGCUCCCCCCCUCUCUGCUCCUCCCCUCUCUGCUCCGCCCCUCUCUGCUCCUCCCCUCUCUACCACUCCUUUCCCUUCUAUUCCAUCCGCUCCCCCAACUGCCCCUCCAGUCGCCCCCCUUUCUGCACCCCCAAUCGGCCCAGUUUUCCCUGGCCCGACUGCCCCCGUUUUUCUGAAUCCAACUGCCCGGGCUGCCCGACCCAAGCCCCCUAAGUUUUUUGUGCCCACUGCCCCAUAAUGCACGACCAUCAACUGUCCCCCCCCUCCCCACACCCCCCCCUCCACGAGCCUGCAUCCUCUGCUCCUGCUGCUGCCUCUUCGGCACCUGGAGCACUGUUGACCGUGCUAGCUGGCACUGCCCUAGGGUUGCAUGUUUUAUAAUGGGUUGAAGUGUCGCACUAAGGCAGCAAUUUGAGUGAGCAUCAGAGAAGGAGGGAAGGACGUGUCUAGAAUUUUUAAUUUUGGGUCGAACCUCCUGCUUGAUCAAGGGUGUCAGGUCUGUUUGUUCUCUCUAAUGAAGUUAUUAAGUGGAU